CGUUCCGCCGAUAUGAAAGCAGCGACUCGGUUCAUUCCUGCUAGCCUGAUUCUAGCAGGCAUCUUCCUGAUCAACACAUGCUUGUACCGCUUGCCAAAUGCGGAAACCUUCCAUGGCUCCGACUUCAAGUCGCUCGUCGGUUUUGAUAAGGCCGCGUCGACGAAAGUCAACAAGACUCUAGAUCUGGCUCCAUUAUCUACGUUGAACGAUGGACAAUCUCAAGCGACUGCCACUGCUGAGGAUAGGGCCUCAGCUACCGAAUUGAUAGCUACAAGCAUAAGCAGCUGGAGAUCCCUGGACCAGAUCGUUUUAAUGGGUAGAACCAACGCCGAAGAUACAUCUUGGGUCGAGAAGCUUUCGACGUCGGUUCUCUUGAUGGCUUUGAUCCUCGAAGUACUAACGCUGCUUUCAGAUNGGCAGAACGCUGUAUAUUCCGUCGACAACGACACUUGGCCUUUGCAUACCUCAAGAAACAAAGGGCGCGAAGCCAAUGUCUAUCUCACAUACCUUGUAGAACAUUACGAAAGGCUUCCGUCAACCAUUGCAUUUGUGCAUCCUCACGAAGACGGCUACCCGCGAGCAUGGCAUACCGAUGCAGUCGACCAUUCAAAUGUCAAAAGCCUGUCUGCUUUGAAGUGGCUGCAUGAGACACCACUCGAUGAUGACACGAGUGGACGUGUCUUUGAGCAUUUGUGGCAUAUAAUGUUCGGUCGAAAUCCAGUAUAG